ACGAAAAAGCAAACCAAGAAGUUGUUUGAGGCUAAGAAAUCCCAACUGGCAACGGAUUUCCUUUGCCAACUUGAUACCCGAAUCACCCAUGGAAAAAUUGGAGAACUCACAGAAUCAACUGGCGGAGUCAAGAUUGUGUGGAGCAACACUCUCAAGACUACAGCUGGCCGAGCAAACUGGAAGCGAGAGGCCAUCAUCUCGAAGCAAACAAGCGACAGUGGCACAGCGGGUGUGAAGCAGUAUCGGCACCACUCGUCCAUCGAACUCUCUGAAAAGGUUAUUGAUGACGAGCAGCGCCUGUUGAAUGUCAUAGCUCACGAAUUCUGCCACUUGGCCAAUUUCAUGAUCAAUGGCAUUACCGAUAAUCCUCAUGGGAAAGAGUUCAAGGCGUGGGCGGCGAAAUGCUCCCAAACGUUUGCUUCACAGGGCAUCAAAGUCACCACCAAACAUAGCUACGAGAUCGACUUCAAGUACGUGUGGGCUUGCACAGCCUGCGGAUGCGAGUAUAAACGGCACUCCAAGAGCAUUGAUCCCAAGAGGCAUCGAUGCGGCGCUUGCAAGGCGGCGCUUGAGCAGACAAAGCCAACGCCGCGCCAGACUCCGUCAACCGGUCAACUGAGCGGAUACCAGUUGUUUGUCAAGGAGCAGAUGAAGAUUGUGAAGAGCGAGAAUCCAAGCAGCCCACAGAAAGAAAUCAUGAGCAUCAUCGCAGAGAAAUGGGCCAAGGCGAAGAGCUGA